AUGAGCCCGCCUCCCGUGGAAAAUGCAGGGCGGCCAGGGCCUUCCUUGGCUGUCGUGCCAAGGGAAAAGGAACCGGCCGAUGUUGGUUCAGGGGGUGCACAAGAGCCUGACGAGGAUGACGAGGUAGAGCAGAGUGCUGUGUACAAGAAACUGUAUGCCCGCAUGGAAGCUAAGAUCAGAAGGAUGUGUACUCCCACUGCCGCGAGUGGGAAAAUUUCUGCGGCCCCGGACCUGGUCGAUGACUGGAGACAGAAGGGGCGAAAAGUGCAAAAGGUGAAAGAAUUCUGUGAGAAGCAUGGCUACGUUCGGUCCAACCAGUACGACUCCGAGGAGCUGGAGUACUGGGUGGAUUUCCGGACGGAAGGCAGCCGCGGAUAUUCGGAAACCGACGGUGUCCUGGAAAGCCGUAAGGCUGACACUACGGGUGCCAAGGGGUUUGCUAUGCCGGCCAUCAAUGGUGAUCCUAUGCCAGAGCUUCCUGUUGAAGGGUCGGGGGCUCCGGGGCUUCGAAAGGAGAAUGACCAGGCCUGGGUAUUUCGUUAUGUUGCAUGA